UGCUGUUUGAGCUCCAGACCAUAAUAAUAAUAAUAAUAAUAAUAAUAAUAAUAAUAAUAACAACAUGCUCCAGACGGUCACUGUCAUGACGUCAUCCCUUGGUAUCAGGUGACAAAACAGGAAGAGAAGACGACGAGACUCCCGUGACCCACAGCGCGUUAAAUCCGGUUAAAACCGGUUAAAACGAGCCUCCAACAGAGUUGUAGUUUAAAAGAUUCAGCGCGAAGGAAGUAUGGAGGAUGAUGAACUUCCGCCAGCGGCUGGGUUGGGUCUCCGUGGCGUUCUUCCUGCUGCUGAGCGUGGCGGCGGCGUACUACGUGUUUGAGGUCCGCAGUCUGGGUUUGGAGCACGUGCAGAGCGGCGUAUCGGGCCCGUCGGCGCCGCCCCCCCCCAGCUGGGCCCGGGGCCUCGGCGCCCGCAUGCCAGCGCUUCCUGUGUGGUUGUGGGCGUCGGCCUUCCUGCUGCCGUACCUGCAGCUCUUCCUCUUCCUGUUCUCGUGCACACGCGCCGACCCACGCGCUAUUGGCUACUGCGUACUUCCUGUCUGCCUCGUGCUGCUUUGCAGUCGCUGCGCCGCACGCAAACGGCCAAUCACAAAGCUCCUUCACUCAUCCACACCUAGACCACCCGGCCAAUCACAGAGCCCCGUCGUUCAUCCACACCUACAGGACCCGGCCAAUCACAGAGCCCCGUCGCUCAUCCACACCUACAGGACCCGGCCAAUCACAGAGCCCCGUCGCUCAUCCACACCUACAGGACCCGGCCAAUCACAGAGCCCCAGACUGUUUGUGAUGUCACUUCCUGUGUGCCUGUGUUAAUUACCUAAAUCCCUCCCCCAAAAAAGAAAUGUUUUAUUUCAGACGAAUCACAUGACACACGCUGGUAACCGUGACAACUUUAUUCAACAAUAAAAUAGAAACACAAUGUGA